AUGGCAAUUAUAAGUGUUCGAACGGAGCUCCAUAUGUGCUCCAAAUCGUGCGGAUUCCGUGGAAUCUGCUACGAAGCUUCUGGAACACAUCUCUGUCGUUGUCCACGUGGAUUCAUUGGUGACGAGUGUGACACACUCGUCAAUCAGUUGACACUAGAGCCAAUUGGAUUUGGGCCAUGGGACCUGGCGCUCGGACUUCUCUACGUGGCUCUAUUGCUCAGCCUAGUCGCAUUUUUCGUUGUCAAUGGUCAAGGAGACAAUGAUCGAGACAUCGAGGAUGAAUACGUAAAAAUCAAAAAUCAGAAUUGA